AUGUCUCUCUUGCCGAUCAAUGGCCGCUUGAACGAUCGCACCUCGCUCUUCGGUUUGAGCGUUCAAAAUCCGUCAGUCACGACAAUCCACCCACGACCACGGACGACAACAUCAUCGAAAAUGGUCAACCUCCGCACACAGAAGCGCCUUGCGGCCUCCGUGGUCGGCUGCGGAAAGCGCAAGAUCUGGCUCGACCCCAACGAGACCAGCGAAAUCGCCAACGCCAACUCCCGCCAGACCAUCCGCAAGCUCGUCCAGGAUGGCCUCAUCAUCCGCAAGCCUGUCACCAUGCACUCGCGUGCUCGUGCCCGGGCUCUGACCGCCGCCCGACGAAUUGGCCGACACCGUGGUUUCGGUAAGAGGAAGGGUACUGCGGACGCUCGUAUGCCAAGCCAAGUCCUAUGGAUGCGCCGCCUCCGUGUUCUCCGCCGUCUACUCGUCAAGUACCGUGCCGCAGGAAAGAUUGACAAGCACCUCUACCACGAGCUCUACCACCUCUCCAAGGGUAACACCUUCAAGCACAAGCGUGCUCUCGUUGAACACAUCCACAAGGCUAAGGCUGAGAAGGCCCGCGAGAGGGUUAUCAAGGAAGAGAUGGACGCCAAGCGUGCGAAGACCAAGGCUGCGAGGGAGAGGAGGCAAGAGCGUCUGCAGCAGAAGCGCGCCGAGCAAUUGGGCGAUGCCGAGUAA